GAUACACCUUAACGGCUACUUUUCGGGAACGUGAUUACUGUUACUGCUACUCAAAAAUCACAGUGAAAAGUAGCAGUGAUUUUUCACAGGAUAACCUAAAAAUACCGCCGUCUCCGACACUUCCUAGUUCCUUGACUCUGGUCGGAUCACAUGUGAAAAGUAGCAGGUGGCGGUUAUGCUGUGAUUUAUCACAGGUUAACCUUAUCAAACGAUCCUUCCCAAAUGCUUUCUACAUCUUCAAAAUUAAAAGUACCACUGAUUUUCUACAGCAUAAACUCUUUAAAUCACUCGUUCUUCUCAAUUCCCUUUUUAGUGGUAAAAUUGAUACUGUAAUAUUUUAUUAUCACUGUUCAAUCCACAAGUCAUAAUUUCCGGAACUAUCUGUGAAUCACAGGUAAAAGUAGCAGUGAGGCCACGGAGUUAUUUAUCACUGGUUGACAUGAAAAAGAGAAUUUAACUUUAAAAAACUUCUCGUAGUGAUAAUCUAGGUGAAUAUUUUUAUAGCUCUCAGUUUUUAUCAUUAUGCCAUGUUCUUUAAAGUUAAAUUCUCCUUUUUAGGUCAACCAUGCAGUGACAGAGCACUCCGUGGGUUCACUAUUGGAUUCACUGCUACUUUCACCUGUGAUUUAUCACUGGUUGACGUCACUACCCACAAUGCAUUGUAAUAUUCGGAGAUUUCACGUGAUUGGCUAUCCGCCCUAUCUAGCCCUAUGGUGCUACUCUGCUCUGCCACUGUUAUCAUGCUGCUCUUUUUAAACUGCUACUGCUCUUUUUGCUUCGUUAUCGCAAUCGCAGUGUAUCCAACUGUGACUAUGAUUAACCAUGUGCAAGCUUAUUCGUAAAUUUUUUUCGCCGUUUAACACUAAAGUUUUGGUUACUCACUGUUUAACUAUCAGCGACUAACUUUUGAUGAAAACUGCCCAAAAAAGAGCAGAAUAACAGGUGUUCCUCGCCAGUCACAGUGAUCGAUCACUGCUACUCAAGAAUCACAGUGAUUUUUACCUGCUACUGCGAUCGCGGUCACAAGCCUACAUUGUAUUGCUGGUGCGUUGUUGUUGCUUUGCUUUCCGUUUCGUCACGUAGUUUCCGGUCUUACUGAAUGCAAAAACAAUUAGUACACCGUUUAAUGUUUCUUGACUAUCUUGAUUCUCUAUAAUGACUUCUCCGUUUCACAUAAUUAAAUCAUUUCCGCCCCUCGAUUCCAACCAAAGUUUUUCUUCACUCAAGCACUUGAACCACCAACUCUUCUGCACGUGGAAAAGAGAAGCAAUCACCGUAUUCUUGCAAGAACACGAUUCCUUAUCUUCAAAACUUAACUCCUUUCGAGCUAAAUGUCCUGUCAUUGCUGUUGUGAAUUGCGAUAGAAAUGGUGUAAUUUGCAUUGAUUCUGAAGGCAAUGUGUACAAAAUAGUGUGUAGUGAAGACGUGAAGAAUGCAACAGGCAAUGAUGGCCAUGACACUUUUAUGUCCCCCCCAACCUCACCAAUUUUGUGCUCUGGAAGAAUGAAAGAAAAGGAGCUUGUUCAAAUCGAAUUCGUUGAAUUCUGCAAAUUAAAAGAUUGCGGUGAAGUACAGUCCGCAACAUAUUUUCAUGAAAUGCUUCAAUUAAUUGUUGUCUCUAAAAUGAACAAUAGAUUGUGCCUUGUUGCUUACAAUGCCUUAAUGGAAACUAUUCUGGUUUCUGAAGUACCUUGCAACCUUCCAGAAAUCCAACCUGAGAAGACCAUCAUUACAGCGUGUCACUCAAAGCAUAUCAGUGCUGAAAUGAAAAAUGUCCUGUUCCCUGCAUUACGUCAACCAUUAUGCACUGAGUCUGGAGUGGUGAUAGUUUCCCUAUCAAGUGGAUUAGUUUUUUGGACGACUUCAAAUGAUACUGCGGGUAGUCUUCAGCUCCUCCAUAAGUGUCAUCAAUCAAUCACCUCCAUGAAAUUUUUCUCCCUGGGAGGUAGUAAAACCUUUGAUGCAUUGUGUUUAGUUCUAAAAGAAGGUCCUGUUUUGUUGCUUUAUGCGGAUGGUGCGAAACUGUCGGUUAGCACUCAAUUUCUUCCGGCUGCGGCAAAGGCAGUUAUUUGCAAGCAGAAUGGAGCAAUUUUGUCCAGUGAUUUUACAGACUGUUACUUUAGUUCCUUUCAAAUAAUUGAGAAGAGUUUUUCCCUUAACACGCAGUCAGUCCCAGUGAAAGGAGUCAUCCAAUUCCUCCUGCCUGUGGAUGAUGGAAACAUUGUUAUCGCUGUAACGAAAUCAGGCUCUGCCUAUAAAAUUUUCAUCAACAACAUAAAACCUUAUGAAGUCAGUGAAAGGUUUUCAAUGCCCAAGAAAAGAGUGCUUGAGGAUUGUAUAUCAUGUUCCAAUGAAUUGGACAGUAUUUUAAAACAGAUUGAAGAAGAAAAUGAUAAAUUAGCCGCUAUUUCCCUGUCAAUGAGAGCUGCAAUGCUUCAUCAAUUUUUCAAUGUCUCAAUGAAGAUUUAUUCAGGUUCGGCUGCUGCCAAGUAUGGAUUGACAUGCAUCUCCCAAGACUCUCACUCGAUUGUAAUUCGAAUUGUAAAUAGGUGCAGUUUCUUUGAGUUCCUUUCCAAAUCAUGGUUCAUCAACGUCAUCCUCUCCACAAAUUCAGACACUGAAAGUCGAAGUAUUCAUCAGAACACGAAGCUGAAGCAGUCCUUCAAACAUAACGAUGAAAUCAUCAUUCAUUUUCCUUUGAAUUUCACACCAAUCUUGUCAGACUCACAGAUCAAAGUCAGUCUUGUUUCAAAUCCAUCCAAUGAAAACACCCCGAGUCCUUGGCUUGUGAUACCAUUGAAAAUCAUGCCAGUCGAUGUUCUUUACUUUUUUACUCCGCUCAAAAAUCCUACUGUACACAAUUUGGAUGCUGCAAAUUCUAGCAUUGAUAUGUCGUUGAAAAAAUUUGAUAUUCUUCAAGAACAAAAUACUUCAAAAAACAGUCAGUUAACAUAUUUUAUCAAGCUCCCAGAAGAAGUUUUAAGGAUACAAAAUGUAUUCAGCCUGGUUCUAAAUUACUCAAAAUAUCGCUGCAAAGAAAGUGUGUGGAAGUAUCUAGCCGAUGCCUCUAAAUCAAUAUGUUUUGCAACUUUAAUCGGAAAUUUAGUUCAGCUUAGUUUGGAGAAAGGCUGUCUCUGCACUCAGAUCAACCAUGCUGAUUCUGAAUUCUUUCACAUGAUUAAAAUGGCGAUUAUAAAUCUUCUAUCAUCCCUUUCUUCAGAUGAUUUUGUGUUCUUGAAGAAAAGUUUCUUGGUAUCCGUUCAAGGGUCGCUUCAAGCUCUGGAGAUAGCUCAAAUUUCUCAGGACUGUAAUUUAGACGUUUUUCUUGAAUUCAGGAAUCUAUUGAGGUCAACCAUUGAUGUUCAUCUACCACCAUGAUUGAAGUAUGCCAGCUAAUUUAAAAUAAUUUUUUUCUGUCGUUUCUCAAUAAUUUUCUACAAGGGAAUUUCAAACAUUUCCUCGCAGUGAUCAUAGGUUUACAUAGGAGAUUUGAUCAAGCUAAACUCCAUCAACAGCUUUAAAAACCCCUGUGCAAUGAAUGAAGUUUAGCAAUUUUGCAUUUUUUGCAGGUAAAUAAUUCUGAUUGUUUUUAAGUUGCGUAGAUUUAUUCUUAGCAACAAGUAACGUUUAAUUCAUGGUUAUUUCAUUUUUUUGGUAAGUAGAAUGUAGCCAAGUGCUAGAAAUAAUGUAACAUUUUUUUGAAAAACUUAAAUUUUAUUGAUAAAAUUUGACGGAAGCUUUUUGAAGCAAGCGCUUCAAAGUCAGGUUUUGAUUAUCAAGAGUGUUUUGAUCUGUGAAUUGUUAUCAAUUGUUACCACUGUCUAAAAUUAAGUUAUGACCAUUGUAAUUAAUACUUUGUGACCCUGACGAUGAAGCGCUUGUUUCGAAAAGCUUUGGUCAAAUUUUAUCAAUAAAAUGUAAGUUAUUCAAAAAAAUGUAACAUCAUUUCUAGCACAUGGCUACAUUCCACAUACCAUAAAAAUUUGAAGUGCUACUACCUUUUGGAUAUUGUGCAGAAAUGCAAUGUUCGCUAAACUUGAAGGUUAUUUCAACAAGAAAUGAAUUCUAUUGAGAUAUUUAUUUACCCAACUCUUAUCCCUCUACCUUGCCAGUUUGAUGGCUCGCCAGUAAUGGGCAUAUUUGAUACUAUGAUGAAAUGAACAACUUUGACAGUAAAAAAAAUGAAAAAUAUUUAUUCUGGCAAUGUACUUAAUGUGCUGGCUUAGGACCCUGAGCUGACUAGAACUGAGAGUCUAAAUGGAUGCCGGAAAAACUAAAGCUAGAACAUUCCACAAUUGUGUCCGCGUAAAAUUACAUGAGAUUACUGCUUCCUGUCAGAUAUCACUUGAGAUCUCUUGUGAACUUAAGGGGCUUCAUAUUCUGAAACUAAAUCUAAGAUCAAGUCAAUAAUUUCUGGGCUGACAACUGAGGGAGUAUAUAUUUCAUUUCCAUCAAACAUAUUUUAUUCCGUUGGAACUAUGUAUAGGAAAUUUUGAUUUGGCCUCGGAACUUUCUUGACAUGAUGUGAGGAGGGUGGUAUUUAAGUGGUUGUAGGAGAAUGAUGUAAACUCAAGCGUCUAACUGCGGGACGAGCUGCGACUAACAGACAGGUCCAUAUUGCGUCUGAAAUGGAGGACCUAGCUGCGCUUUAUAUGGGGACUUCCCCGUUUUGAAGCAAGAGCUUACCUUAGGACUGAACUUAUGAAACUGAAUACCCAGAGGCCUUGCUGGGCCCUUUUUAUAGCUGAUUGCCAGCCUCCCUUCAAGUUGGCAUUGGCAAGUUUGGAGAUGGGAGACUGGACGAUCGAGCUGUUUCCCAUGGCCAUCAGCGGAAACUGCCUCGCAAUUACUUAAGAGCGCCAAGCGGGGCGGCUCGGCUCAUCACCACUUGAGAUGAUGGAUGGACCCGGGUCGCGCUGCUACACCUUACCCACUCGAUGAAAUUGCAAAGCAAUUUGCGAAAAUUGACCUGGUUAUAGGUAUAGGGCGCUCGAGGAGCUGCCACUAUUAAACUCUAAUUGAAUAUGAGCUUGGGCGCCUAAGCAGCUGCCUCAGCUCUAAAAUGUUAAAAGAAAAUUUAAUCUGUUUUUGGCUCAAGUCAUUAUUGUGAGCGCUAACAAGCUGCUGCAGUUGUAACCAUAAUGACUUACUUGAAAAUGAAAUAUGUGUAUAAUUUGACUGCAAAAUUUGGUCAGCAGUACUUAGUCGCUAGAAUGUUAAAAAUACAUCAGAUAAACAAACUAAAGAAUGCUCUGACAAGCCGCCACUUUUAUGGAAUAAAAAUAUUAGUGAAAAUCAGUGAUUGUUUCAAUGUAUGCCAAAUUAAGCUGAUAAAUAAGGAGGGCAUUACUGAGCUGCCGAGAAAAACUAAUACAAAUACAUAACAUAAUUACUCUAAAGAGGGCGUUAAAAGCUGCUGUGUCAAUAGAAUAAAGAUAUUAGUAAAAAACAGUUAUUGUUUCAAUUUAUGCCAAUUUAAGCUGAUAAAUACGGAGGGCAUUACUGAGCUGCCGAGAAAAACUAAUAAAAAUGCUUUUGAUAAUUACACUAAAGAGGACACUGAGAAGCUGCAGUGGUAAUUUUUUUUUUUUACACUUCAAAUAUCCCAAGAGGGAUAAUCCGACGCUUUGUCGUCCCUAGAGCCUAAACUCCCCUUCGUCCCUUAUCAAGCCAGCCCCAGGUAACCA